UCCUCUGACUAAAGUUUACUCAAUAAAUAAACAUUAUGGAAUAAUCUAAAAGUUUUGAUAAAUUAAUAAAUAAAAUGGAGUUAGGACUAGGAACUACUCUUUUACCUGGUGAUCCUCGAUUGAUAGAUCAUAUUGUUGGUGAGGUAAAAUCACAAGGAAUAUUCGAUCAAUUUCGUAAAGAUGCAAUUGCUGAUGUUGAUACAAAGCCAGCAUAUCAAAACUUAAGAACUCGAGUUGAAGGAUCAGUAAAUUCAUUCCUAGCUAAACAAGUAUGGAAAGCUGAUUUAAAUAAAAAUCAGCUAAGAGAAACAUUGAGAAAACACAUCUCAGAUGGAGCAUAUUUGGAUGCAGGUGUUGAAAGAAUUGUGGAUCAAGUAGUGAAUCCAAAAAUUUAUUCAGUUUUUAUGUCUCAAAUUGAAGAUGUUGUUUAUAAGUAUUUAGGGUUAGAAAAACCAAAACGUGAAAAAAAUGGACCGUGUGGUAUUAAGGAUCUAUUACCAAUAGAUUUAGACCCAGUAUCACCUGAAUCUGAUAAAAAUAGCCUGAAAGACAUUUCCCUUGAUUCAGCAGACGCAGACCUUCUUUCGUUAAAUAAUAAAACUGAUAUUGAAAAGAAUGAAGAAAACACUGAAACUGAUAAAGUUGAAAACAACGAUAAUGUCCAGGUUAAAAAUGAAAACAAUGAAGCAGAUGAAAAGACAGCUGAUGAGGAAGAGAAUAAAAUACCAAGUUCUACUCCUCCUCCGAUAGAUUCUAAUUUGUUAAAUGAUUCAGCUAAAUCUGACGAUAAGACGGAAGAGGAAGAAGAAGACAGCCCAGUAUUCGAACCUAUUGAUAUAAUGAAUUUCAAUGAAUCUAAUGUUUCGAAUGAUUCACAUUUAUCUGGAAUAUCAGAAUUAACAAGUCACCGAUCUCGUAGUCCGGACUUUAGUAACGAAUUUUCAAGAGAUAACUUUGAUUUUAGUAAUCAAGAUUCACAAUUUAGUAAAGUAUCAUCUGAUUCUCGUUUAUCGAUUGUAACUGAUUUUGGUUCUUCCAAUCCAGCAUCAACGCCAAUCUUGGAUUCAUUAAAAGAAGAUGGUAAUAAAGAUAAAUUAUUUAAAGAUAACUUGAAAACAUCAAAUGAUGACUUUGAUAAAAAUAAAGAAAAGGACACCAAAAUAAAUGAUUCUAACAGGCAUAAAGAUAAUGUGUCGGACAGUAAAGACGGAUUUGAUACGAAAAGUUUAAAAAGUAAUUUAUCUUCGAAAGAACAAUCACGUGAUUCUACUGAUGGCAAAAAUACGGAUAGAAGUGAAUCUAAGGAUAAAGAAAGACAUCGUAAAUCGUCUAAAUCAAAAUCAUCAAAAGAACGUUCUGAUUCUAGAGAUUCCAGAAGUCAUCGAGAUAGAAGCCAUAAAAGUAAAUCUAGUUCAUCAGAUAAUAAAAGUGAUAAUGCGGAUAAAACAAAAACGGAAAAGAAAGAAAGUGAACGUAAAAAUCUGGAAAAGCCUCAAGAAAAAGAGAUUUCUUCGAAAAAUAAAGAAGAAAAGACGAGAGAUGUUAGUGGAAAAGAACCAAAAGAUUUGAAAGAUAUUUAUAAGGAAAAAAUACGAGAGUUGAGAGAAAAGAAAGAAUUAACAGAAAAAGAGAAACUAAAUAAAGACAACAAAGAUUUAAAAUCUACCAGUGAUUCAAAGGAUAAGAAAUCAUCAUCUAAAAGUAAAAAAGAUAGUUCAGGUUCAUCUGAUAGUAAACAUAAUUCAAUUCAGAAUGAUAAUAAAAGUAAAUCCUCGUCAUCGUCAUCAUCUUCAUCGGCGUCAUCAUCUUCGUCAGCAGAUGGUAUUAAAAAUUCUAAAAAUAAUAAUAAAGACAAGUCAAAGACAGAUGAACGACAUUCUUCAAGUUCAAGAGAUGGUAAAAGUAGAAGUCAGUCAGAAUCGAAAAAAUCUUACAAGUCUGAAAAAGACGAAAAAUCAGAGAAAAGAAGUGAAUCGAAAUCGUCACAAGAUUCAAAGAGAGAUAAGAAUUCCGAAAAAUCUGAAAGUAAACGCGAUUCAGAUUCGAAAGAUAAAAAACGUAGGAAUGAGAAAAAAUUAAAAUCGAAGGAUGAUCAUGGAAGUCUAAGAAAAAAUACAAAUGAUCGAAGAUCUUCAGAUCGUGAUGGAUCAAGUGGUUCUAAUAGUAAGAAUAGUAAAAGUGCACCAAGUCCAACCUCUUCAUCAACAAAACCAACAGAUUCCAAUUUAAGUAAAGAAUCCGGUAAGCCUAAUAAUACCAAUAGCGAAGCUUCUGACACUGUAGAUGAAUCACAAACAGAAGAAAGCCAUCCAAAUAACAUUCAGAAAAAUAUGAUAAUUAAUACGUUAAAUAACGAAAAUAUUGGACAUGUAGAUAAUGAAAGUAAUCUUAAACGACUAGAUGUAGGUCAAAAUGAAAUAAGUCUUCCGUUAAAAAAGCGUCCACUUCAAUCAGAAACUGAUCACAAGUCAGAUGAACCCGCUGUCAAAAAAUUCAAGACGAUAGAUAAUUCAUUAGAAACGAAGAAACCAGUAAGAACAGAAAAAAAACUUAAUAAACAUAAAAGUAAGAGUAUAGAUAAUGAAAAAGUUGUGAAAUCAAGUGAUAAAAAUUUCGAUAUAGAAACUUAUUCUAAUGUUCCUGAUGAAGAACGUGUACAGAUUAUCGAAAUAAGAGUUGAUGAAGAAGACGAGCCAUAUCCAAAUGAAGACUGUUUAAAAUCAGAGAAACCAUCCAGUGUGAUAUUAGAAGAAACAUCGAUUUUCAAUUCUGAAUUAAUUACAAAACAAAUUCAUUCUAAAUCCGCAUCAUCUAUAGAUGAAUUAUCUGCAAGACUAUCAUCAAACGAAAUAAUCUUAGAUAAUAAAUUGAAACAAUCAACAAACAAUAUGGAUCACGAGAGUCUAUCCAAGAUGGAUAAAUUGCAAAAAAUAGAUCAUUCUUCUAGAAAAGAAAAUGUUAGAGAAUAUAGUAAAUUGAGUAAAUUUUCCGAUGAUGAAGAAGAUUGUUUAUAUUUUUUACCAGACAAUGAUAAAUUAAAUAGAUUUAAUAAAUUUUUAAAAUCACUUGAGGAAGAGGAAAGUUCAAUCGAUGAAGAAAUGAAAAAAAUACAUGAUGAAUCUAAGUCUUCCGAAUUUCAUACGAUGGCCCCACCCCUAUUAAAACGCAAAUACUCCACGAGUCCAACUUUAUCUGACAUCCUGCUGAAUAAUUCAGAUAAUAAUAAUGAAAGUGGACAUGCAAAUAAACUUAAUAUAAUAACAUCUGAUGAAGAAGGGGCUGCUAAAAGGAAAAGAGUAGGUCGACCAAAAAAACAGAGGCCAAGUGUAAGUUCGUCAAGCCCACAAAGUGUAAUUAAUGGUGGUGAAAAUUUUGUAUUGCCACUGAGUCCAGAAAGUGAUGUGUCAGCAACCAGUGAAAAAAUAUCAUUACAUAAUCUGAAAGAUGAUAAAAGUCGACAACGCAAUAGUAAUCAGCGCUAUACAAGUGAUGAUUUAUAUAAACCACGGCCACUUUUUGUAAGCUCAUCACGGAGAAGUAGAAGGUCAGAUCAAAUAUAGCUAGCAGGCAAUCACGUAGCAUUGCUCAAAGAAACAAAUUUUUUGGUAUUUGUUCAAAAUAAUUAUUGUUAAUUCUAUAACAAAUCAAUUUUAGGUUAUUAUAUAUUUUUUUACAAUGACAUUUGACAAUUUAAUUUGAUCAAUUUAAACUAAAGAAUAAUGUACUUUAAAAUCUGUAAAUACCAUUGUUAAUAUGUUCAACUAUCAUAACGUACUAUAAUAUGAGUUAUUAUAAUGUUGAAUGUCGUUGACUUGAUUAUCACAUUAAUUUAAAAUUACUUUUAUAUUAGUUCUAAUUAUUACUUCGAAAAUUAACGAUUGAUUUUUUCGAAUUAGAAUACAGUCUGAUAACCAAGUCAACGAUGUGACUCAAAAGGUUCAUUCAAUGAAUAAAUAUAAUAAUCUUUGAAUAUACUUAGCUGAGUUUAGAUAUACAUUAUUAAUACACUUUAAAAAUUUCUUGAUAAAUAAAAAUUUGUAAAAAAUAUA